AUUUACCAUGAAAUCAUUGAAGGAAUGCCUUUAAUGUUAGAAUUCAAGGUUCAUGGGUAUCCAUACCCUUUGGUGACUUUGUACCAUAAUCAAGACAUCGUCAAGAAGGGAAUGAAUAUCGAUCCGAUGUUUAUACGCCAGAACGCUACCAAAUUGCACAAUGGUAACUACACGUGCACCGCAGAGAACCUCUUGGGGAAUGCUAGCAUUACAAUAAAAGUAAAAGUUCUGGCCAAUCCCAAUAGCGACACGAAUUCAAGUUGGAAGGUGCUGGCCACGGUGUUCAUAGUACUUUUCUGUGUGGUUGCAAUUGCCUUAAGCGUGGUUAGUUACAUGGCCUGUUGCAAACGUCCCCAAAGUAUUCCUCAGGUCGAUGAUGCUCAGGGUAGAGCAGAGAAUGGUUUUGCAAAUGGGUCCACAGUUAGAUUUGUUAAUUCCCAAGCAUUUAAUGGUAGCCCUCGCAUCGACCGAGCUAAUGGCAGUGAAGGAAAUCGUGUCACAAAUGGAAAUGUUCAUUUCUAAGCCAGGAAUGGUAGUCCUUGCGUUGACAAAUCUAAUGGCAGUGAAGGAAACUUGGUCAAAAAUGGGUACACAGCUGGAAAUGUUAAAGGCUAGGUAACUAACAUGCGCAUUUUCAGGUAAAACCAGCAAAACUUCAUCAAAUUAACAAAUUAACGUCAGUUUUUUAUGCGUCUGUCCUCUUAAUUGACGAUAAAUUGCGUCAUAACGUUGUCAAAAUGGCUGUGGCAAUUUCCGCAGUAAACUUUGACAAUGUUAUGACAAAAUUUACCAUUUACAGUUUUUCUCAAAUGAAAUAUUGAAUUCAGUUUUUGUUAAUAGUGUUCAGGAUUAGCAGUGGCUAAAGUCAACAUUACUAGUGUUGAAAAGAUUGACGUAUUUUUAAGCCCCGGCCAAACGAUUGCAACAUGUCAACG